GUGUUGUCGCGCGCUAUGGAGCCGGAGCGGCGUAGCGACGACGACGGCGAUAGCGGCGAGGCCUCGCCGGCGUUCCGCCGCGUCGGCAGUCGUACUCGCUCUCGCAGCUUCAACAACACCACCGCUACUGCCACUUCGUCCAGCCCAUCCCGGAAAGAGGACUGCGGCGGAUCGCGCGCUCGCGUUGCUGCCUGCGGCGUCGUCGGCGCGACCACCACCAAGAAGGCCUACUCGCUCGAAUCCAUCCAGCGCUGCAAGCGCUGGCGUCCAUGCCAGUUGCUGCGCGAGGUGUUCGCCAAGACGCCGCUGCUGUUCGGCGCGCGGCGGCAGCCGCACAGGGCGACCACGACCUCGAUGACUCCCGAGAGCGCGACGCUGUCUUCAGAGGACAGCGGUCACGCCGAGUCGCCCGUAUCCCUGGUGUCCGUGGUGAUCGAGACGCCGCCGUCGCCUCCAGGCGUCGGAGACCCGCCUUCCAAGUCGAGGAGGUCUUGCAGCGCUGACUCCGCCGUGGAUUUCGACACGAGCGACGAGGCUCUUCUGAUGUCGCCUCUCGGUGGUGAUGGUGGUGGUAGUGAUAACGGUGGUGAUGCCAACGGAAGGAGCAUCGUUGUAGUGGACAACAACAGCUCUGGAGUCGACCGGAACUGCACCGUCCUGGUGGACGGCGGAACCGUCAUCCUAGACGGCAACUCGCUGCACCAGCCUCCACACCCUCAGCAUCAGCUGCACCGCACGAGUCUUCCGGGCGACAGGUCCAAGCGACCUCUGUCUCAGUGCCUGUCCCUGUCGUGUCCCGUGCUGAGCGCUCCGAGCGUCGUGGUGAGCGACUUCAGUAGCUGCGACGUCUCGCCGGAGAUCAUCGAGGAGGUGGACGCCGACCUCUCGUCCGGGGGCGAACUUCGAGAUUACCUCUCGUUGGGCGGACGCUCGUGCAGCUCGUGCUCGCUCUCGUCGACCGUGUCCAGCGCCUCGUGGGACGACGAGGCAUCGCAGAGCGACGUCAGCGAGGCCGGCUCGGCGUGCUCGUCGAAGCCUUCGGGAUGGCGGAAAGUGCGGAAUGUCGUUCACUGGUCUCCAUUUGUCCAGACCUACAGGAAAUACAAGUACCCAUGGAUACAGCUCGCAGGGCACCAAGGCAACUUUCGCUCGGGCACCCAAGGCACGAUUCUCAAGAAACUGUGCGGCAAGGAGGAGUCCUGCUUGAAACAGCUCAUGAGGGAUCCCUGGCUGCGGGACUACGUGCCCGAGUUCAAGGGCCGCGUCGAGAUGGAAGACUGCAGCACCUACUUGGAGCUGCAAGACCUGCUCGCUGGUUUCCAGUGCCCCUGCGUGAUGGACGUCAAAGUGGGCCUGCGCACAUACCUCGAAGAAGAGCUGGCUAAGGCUCGGGAAAAGCCCAAGCUUCGCAAGGACAUGUACGAAAAGAUGGUGGCCGUUGAUCCAGACGAGCCAACACCCGAGGAGCACGAGCUGAAGGCAGUGACCAAACCCCGCUACAUGAUCUGGAGGGAAACCAUCAGCUCUACGGCCAGCCUGGGAUUCCGCAUCGAGGGCAUUAAGAAUCCCGAUGGAACCUCCACAAAAGACUUUAAGACAACAAAGUCGAGGGAGCAGGUCUUGAAUGCCAUUGACACAUUCACAAAAGGCUUCGACGAUGCACUGGGAAAGUACCUUCAGCGGUUACGGUCCCUUUACAACGCAUUGGAGCAGUCAGAGUUCUUCUCCACUCACGAGUUCAUCGGCAGUUCCCUGCUGUUUGUGCACGACAGAGUGGGAGCCAGUGUGUGGCUGAUCGAUUUUGCCAAAACCGUGGCAACCCCGCCCGGCGUGUCCAUCACGCAUCGGCAACCCUGGGAAGUCGGCAACCACGAGGACGGCUACCUCAUCGGCCUCUCGAACCUCAUCGGCAUCUUCGAGGAGCUCCUAGACAAUCGCUGCGGCGGUUACUCCAAGAGCCUGCCACCCGAGAUACCCGCCUAGGCUCUAGCCUCCCCGAUGUGUGCCCCCCCUCAAGUCACAGCGUGGCAGCCCUGGACAGUGUUAUUGUGGUGGCCUGUGCCCAGAGGACCUUGUGAACUUGAACUGAACUCGCGCGGGUAAAAGUGCCAACACCCCCGCUUCGCCAAGGGGCCGUUUUCGAAUGGUGUUUGACACGGUGCAUUGAUGACUGCAGCCAAGAGAGUGCUCAUGAAGUGAAAACCUAGUUUCCUCAAGGUGGCCUGCCAAGAUUAGUCCUGUACGAAACUUGAACUCUUUCCGAGAACAAUGCGAAACAAUAUGCGGGCAGCCUGAGCACAGCUGCUUACUUGUUCCAUGGAAAAGGGUGCAUUACAUGCUGGAUUCCUUAGAAUUAACUUGUGAAGCCUGAGCUAAUCCACCCAUGUAUAGCUGGAAAAGAGCCUGUUAGGUGGGAUCACCCAGUGAUUUUUCGCUGCGCUUGGUUACAUUUGACCACUGCCGACAUGACAAGCCUGCGCAGGCAGUGCUGAAACUGCAGCGUAAUGCCAAGUGGCUUACUAUACUGCCUUAGGCUCAUUUAGUCUCUCGAAAUAACAGCAAAGCGUAAUUGCGAGCAUCUUCACCCUGAUAUAAGAAUGCCCCUCUCUUUGGUCAAAAGAGAGUCGUUACAGGGCCUUGUGGGUACAUGCCACCAAGGAAAUGUGUGCUGCAUUCUUGCAGGGUUGCCUCGCUCCGCAAAUUUUUGCGGGUUUUCGCGAGGUGGCGGGAAACGACAUACCAAUGCAAUGAGACGUUUCUCACUUUGGCCAUGGCUGUAUCUCUGUGGGUGCUUUCUUUUUUUCUCUCACGCGCUCUGGCGAGCUGUGAAUUCGAGCAACACGUUCCACGAGCUGCGGUCACCUUUCGAGGCUCCGGCAUGAUCCCUCUCCAUUUAACGUGGCCGCCACGCACCCCCCAAAGCCUCGUGCAGUUUCAAGCCUGAUAGUGGUUGGGCACUGCAUAUGCUAGCACUGUUAACGGUGGACCAUGCAGUACAGUUGCCCGACAAAAAAAGCAGUUGACCCUAAAGUCUGUGUAAGCCUCGACAUCCUUUUCACGAGAACUAGGCUCGGCCAACGAGCAUCAGAAAAAUGCACUCCGCAUUGCACAGGCUCGCGAGUGUUCAGCUUCUGUGUGGCCACCAUCUUUUAGAAGAAAAAAAAAGCGUUGCAGUGCCGAUACACUGCUGUUGUUAUUGUUGUCUUUUUUAUUGAAUUUUUGUAAGUUGUAAGCAGACUUGCGCAGUACGUGAGUGGGUGGAGAAAAGGUGCUGCUCCAUUUGAGCACUUGCAUGGAUUUGCGUGUUCGGUUGCACGCUGGAACGCUUUGUAAAAAAUUCGCUCGCUAGCACCUUUUUCCACCCUCUUCUUGUUCCUGCAGUGCUUUGUUGCUGUUGUUUCGCUCUUGCACCAGUGGUGUGCAAAUGGAAGUAACGAAGGAGAUACGAGAGUAGCUCGUAUGAAGAGGCAGUGUGAGCUGCGCCUUCGAUUGGACCAGAUGUGAAGAGCUUGGGGCACGGUUAUUGCCUAAAGUAGCGUAUGCCGAGGAAGGCAUCAAAAUUGAGCUUAAUGUACUGAAGAUUCAUCAUAGGUCGCUACAAGUAGCUUGGAAUUCAUUGAUUAUAUUGAUGUUGCGGUAAUUUGUGUAUGCCUGCUAGGGAUUUAGUGCUGGCCAUUGACUAGCUCAGGUUUGUUCGCAUCUUCAAAUCGUGAAAGUGAACCAGUCAGUGUUAGGGCCUUAGUGUCGAAGGAGCGACUGCUGUUGCUGAUUGGCUGCUGUGCUAGUGUUGCAUUGUUGAGAUAAAUGGGCAGGCAAAUUAAUGUGCGAGCUUAGAGUUGGAACGUAAAGUCUGUUAUGUGAAUGAAGUAAUCCUUUUAGGAGAGAAGUGACAGCACUUUACGUUGCUGGAAUGUUUAUUUCAUCAAGUUAUAACCCUGCACUGAAUGAUUGCAGUGCUGCUAAUUCAAUGCUUGAAUCUGCGUAGCAUUCGCAGUGUACAAGCAGUCAAUCGUGCGCGCAGAUUUUCGGGUAAGCAAUCACAUUCUUUUUUUUCUAACAUUCUUUGCAUAUUUCAUUCUCGGCAUUCUCGAAGGCAUUUUUACAGUAUUCAUCUGCAAGAGACUUGCACAUUGCCAUCUUUACGCGAGUGCAUUGAUUUGACGUGUUCCUUGUAUUAAUAUAAGUGAUACGAUGGUUAGUAUGGAAGUCUAUUGCUUCUGCAAAAAAAUUGCAAACGUUGUGAAAUGUGUACAUAACUUCCAUUUUUAUGGCGACGAAACGCGCAACCUUUCCCAAUGGAGAGAGAGAGCAUCCAAAAGUUUUGCCACUAAGCUUUCACCACACCUGUGUCAUCGACUGUAGGGCUGUUCCACUUCGCGUGCACCUCGCGUGGAAAGCACUUCACGUGGAAAGCCUUACAGAUGUAUGUUGUAAUCUUUUAUUUGCUGCUUUUGUGCCAUAACUAAUGCGUGUGAAAUGCAUGGACGAGGCAGAUCUUUUUUUUCUUCCAGCUAGAGAAAAAAAAAAAUCUGAUGACUACACCACCAAACUUUUUCUUACACACUCUCAACUGCAUCAUUGCCAUCAUGCACCUUGUGUUUUUUUUGUGUAUGUGUAAAUAAGAGCAGUGUUUAUGUGUCUAUUAUUUAACGAAAGACUGUGGUUAGAAGUGUACAUAGAGCAAUAAGACUUGACUGUGUUUUCAUCUUUCAAUGAAGUAAAAUAUGUGUACUGAAUGAAA